GCAGUAAAGCGGCUGACAAGAUGCUGCUGAAUGUCGGCGGAAUGGUAAUGGAGUUCCAUCGUCAUCAGCUGCUCCGCUGUGGUCUGCGGGGCACGUGCUUGGCUGUGCUGCUAAACCGCUUUCCCGGCUGGCUGCUCACGGACGCCGAGGGCGUUCACUUCGUCGAUGCGGACCCCUUCUACUUCAUCUGGUGAGCGGGAAAGGGCAUGCAGUUGACAUUCAGUGGUGGCCACUGCUCCAUUUUGUGUGUGUGUGUGUGGUGUGUGUGUGUGUGUUGUCAGGUUUACCGUCAUGCUCUACCUGGGGGACCGCAUCGAUGUGAGUGAGAUCUGUGAGGGCUGCCCUUCUGCAUUCCCCUUCUACCACGACCGCUUCUUCGCCAAGACGGACCUGAACACCGAGCCACAGACCGGCGACCACGAGGGUGACGCCUUCCGGCAGUUCAUGGCUGAGAUGGGCGCCUUCAUCCACUCAUCGGCGGGCGGGACGAGUGGGAGUGAGGUGCUGACCGCCCGUGUGGAUGACCUGACUGUGGCCACAACCGACGCCACGCUGGACGACUUCGACACACUUCACGAACGAUUCAGCAAGUGAGAGAAGGGACACACAGGGGCAGACAUCAGAUGGAUCCAUGGUUAUCGCUUUGGCUGCUUGUGGAUGUAUGUGUGUGUGUGUGUGUGUGCAGGUACCGAGGGCCGGUCGUAGACGUAUCCGCAGACCACCUCCGCAAGUAAUAAUAUGACGAUCCUGACACACUGUCAGGGACACAUCGAUCCAUCUGUCUGUGGCGUGUCAGGAUCGUCGAUUACCUUCGUCGCAUUCGCAUCGCUUCCGACGCCGCCAUCCCGCUCCCGACGAGCACUUCGCCUGGCGAGCUGCUGUAUGCCUGUGAGAUGUACGGCCUCAUGGAGCAGGUGUACCUGUCGAUGAUCGGCAAAUCGCACAGCCACAUCCAAUGCAUCCUCAAGUGAGCCACAAGACCACACACACAGCACACGGGCCGGAGAGAUAGGAUAACGCCCCUUCUGAGUGUGUGUGUGUGUGUGUGUCAGGAGCUCCCAUGACGACUGUGAGUUUCACACAUUGGUGCAGCGGGCGGAGGGUCUGCAAGGCGGCCUGCUGUUCGUCGUCGAGAGUGAGCGUGAGGCCCGCCGCCACCGCUUUGCCUGCCACAUCGACGGUCCCCUCAUCGCCCCAUCAGACCCCACAGCUGAGCUGUGCACCGGCUGCCCCGUCACCUUCUACUCCAUCAGCGGCGCGUUCGAGGAGGCCGACGGCAUCGUCAAGAUCGCCAUACCCAACGACCAGCAGUGGAUGACUGUUGCCGGCACACAGGGGACGGUCACGAACACCGACGGUGUGCUUCACUGCAAGGUGGCCAUCGGUGGCGGUCGCCUGUGGCUGGGGUGUGCGAAGGAUCGGCCGGCUGGCGACCUGCGCCGCUGCGCGCAGUGGGUCAAGAGGAUCGAGCUGCCCGUCGGCAAGACGUAUCGGGGCGGCUUCUUCCACGACAACGGAUACGCCACUCUGGCGACCAGUUUUGGCUUCACAUGUGCGGAUAUGGAGAUCUACACUCUGCAGGUGAGAAGUCGGACAGGGGAAGGGCGAAGGGUCUGUGUGAACGCCUUGGAUGACCUCGUGUUUCUGCUUCUGUGCCUGUGUUCAGCCUGAUUGUGGCUGGGAGUGGCUGAGGGCUGUGGCGGACGUCUUGCUCUCGCCAUCGACGUGAGAGCUGUCGAGAGGGCUUGGUGGGGAUGUGCCAAGCUCAUGACCUUUUUCGUGUGGCCGCGUGUGUGUAUUUAUCUCUCUGCUGCUGCCGUGUGGGGAGAGGUCUGUCUAUCGCAAAAGGCAUGUAUACGUGUUUGCCUGUGCCACCGCUUUUGUCUCGGUCUAUCCACCCUCUUGCUGCGUCCAUCAUCAGUCGUAUGGCACGUGUGCACGUCCUUUCCCCUGUUUGCCUAGCCUGGUACAUGACGUAUUGGUGGGUGGAUCUCGGUGUCUCUCUACCUCCGCGUGUGUAUAUAUGUGCUCUUUAUCCACCUCCUUCCCUGUCUGUCUGUCUGUCUGUCUGUCUGUCCUGCGCUCGCCUCGCACCCGUCACCUACGCAGAUGGCCAAACCCCUCUGACAGUCAGACAGCACAGCCAAGCCAAUACUGCACAGAUAUUUCCAUCAUCAAACAACGCGUGCGGUAAGACAAAACGUUCGAUCACGAUCUUAUGAAAGAGAAGAGGAAAAAAGUCAGCAGUGAUGUGUUGCUUGCAGUACUACAGACAUGUUAAUAUGUCGAGAAGCUUCGUGUUUUUUUGUCACGUUUGGAUCAGUGACCAUUAAACUGAUGUACC